GGAUAGCCAUGCUGAGUCUGAUUAUCAUGUAAGCAGGAAGUUGAGGAGGAAACCUGCCAAAUGCAGAAUGGAGACUCCCUACAAAGGUCAGGUCAAAUAUUACAUGACUUAUCAAAUGGUGCUCAAUAUAAGGUGCUGAAUCAAGAUUUUGACUCUCAGCCACUAUGGCAACCACCACAAAAGUGUGGAUGUGAUUACAAGAGUUUAGAGGAUUCCAAUGACGAUAGCCAAUCGGAUUGUGACAAAUGCUGCAAAGACCAAAUAGAGAAUACACCAUGCUAUAAUUCAGAGUAUAGUCCAUGUCAAUAUGCGGAGGAAGAACUCAACACUCCUCAUAAGUAUGAAGACCGUGGUAUGAUUCGUAGUAAGACCUCACCAGCAUUAGCCAGUCUAUUACGUAAAUCAUUUGUAGAUGGUAACCCAUGUAACACUGUCUUUCAUCCUAAAACUGGACUUCCUAUCAAUUCCAGCCCGGCACCGCCUCGUAGAAUAAACAGAAACAGUUAUGACUUUGAUCAAUCAAUGACAAAUCUUAACAAUAUGGACUAUGAUCAGGGAUGAGUUUUA